AUGGGUAAAACUGGUAAAGGUAAAGGUGGUAAGAAUAGAAGAAGAGGUAAGAAUGAUAACGGUGGUCAAAAGAGAGAAUUAAUCUACAAGGAUGAAGGACAAGAAUACGCUCAAAUCACCAAGAUGUUAGGUAAUGGUAGAAUCGAAGUUUCAUGUUUCGAUGGCGAAAAGAGAAUGGGUCACAUUAGAGGUAAAUUAAGAAAGAAGGUCUGGAUGUCCCAAGGUGAUAUUAUUUUAGUUUCUUUGAGAGAUUUCCAAGACGACCAAUGUGAUGUUAUCCACAAAUACAAUUCUGAUGAAGCCAGAACAUUGAAGAAUGUCGGUGAAUUGCCAGAAAAUGCUAAAAUUAACGAAACCGAUACAUUUGGUGCCGACGAAGAUGAAGAUGUCAACUUCGAAUUCGGUGCUGAAGAUAGUGAUGAAGAAGAAGGUGAAGAUUUGGAUAUUGAUGAUAUUUAA